UUGCGGACUGGACUGACAGCUCACACAGACUGGCAGCUGAAGGGAUUGGAGAGCACUGGCGACCGAAUAAAUUGUUUCACAUCUCAACACAGUUGAGUGAUACAGGGAGCUAGACAUCCAGUUUCCUCUCUGAAGCCUGGAGAGUAUCACUCCGUGAGCCUGAACUCCCUGAGGAUGCCUACUUCUCAGCUCAGACUGGGAGUGCGCCCUUCAGCUGUGCUGACCUGAGGCUCUGAGAGUUGAGAUGGGUCCAUUGCCUCCCGUCUAUCACAGAUCCAGGCUAUCACUGAGGUGAGCUGCAUUGAGCAAGGGCUCCUCUAUCAUGGAGGACUGCUCCUCGCUUACCAAAGUCAGCAGCACUACAGACUCGGUGUCCACACUCAACAGUGAAGAUAUUGUGCUGGUGGCCCAGCAGGCUGAAAAGUCUCCCUCCGGCAGAGAAAGAAAAACGGGAUUCAAGAUGUCUUACAGUGCCAGUAAGCAGCUGGAGAAAGCCACAGAAGAGCUUUUGGAAGAUCAGGCGGGGAACGAUGAUGUAAAAGUAGAGCAUCCCACGUCCUCUAAGGAGAAACCUGCAACUCCUAUUAAUAAGGUCCCUCCAUUUACCUUACAGGUGCAAUCUGCAACUACAGACGUCCCUGCGGGAGACUCUGAUUCCUCUGCCUUUCCAGAGGAGGACAGUGUGCUGUUUAAUAAGCUGUCUUACUUGGGCAGUAUGAUGGUUCGCGUGCCACGCAGUGAAGCUGAGGCUCAGAAAGCAAUGGCCUCUUUGAAGGCUGAGAAACAUGUCCCCGUUCUAGUCACCCUCUAUGUGCCAAAUGUACCUGAGGGAUCUGUCAGAAUCAUAGAGCAGGCCUCAGGCACAGAGAUAGCUGCCUUUCCAAUCUAUAAGGUAUUAUUCUGUGCCAGGGGACGAGAUGGGACUCCAGAAAGUGACUGCUUUGCCUUUACGGAGAGCUAUCGGAGCUGUGAAGACUUCCAGAUUCAUGUCUUCUCCUGUGAGAUCAAGGAGGCUGUCAGCCGCAUCCUGUACAGUUUCUCGACUGCGUUCCGACGGUCCUCGAAGCCAGCACCUGAUGUGAAAGACUCCUCUCUUCCCACUCCAGAGAGUGACAUUUUCACUUUCACUGUCUCCCUAGAAGUCAAAGAAGAUGAUGGGAAAGGAAACUUCAGUCCAGUACCAAAGGACAGAGACAAAUUCUACUUCAAACUGAGACAGGGAAUCGAGAAGAAAGUGAUGGUUACAAUUCAGCAAAUCACUAACAAAGAGCUUGGAAUUGAGAGAUGUUUUGGAAUGCUCCUCAGUCCCGGCCAAAAGGUGCGAAACAGUGACAUGCAUUUGCUGGACAUGGAAUCUAUGGGAAAGAGUGCUGAUGGGAAGGGAUAUGUAAUAACUGGAACCUGGAGCCCCAAUAUUCCUGCCUUUCAAGUGCUAAAUGAGGAGACCCCAAAAGACAAACAGGUAUACAUGACAGUUGCAGUGGACCUGGUAGUCACAGAAGUUGUGGAGCCAGUCCGUUUCCUCCUGGAGACCUUGGUGCGUGUCUACCCAGCUAAUGAAAGGUUCUGGUACUUCAGCAGGAAAACAUUCACUGAGACCUUCUGCCUUAAACUCAAACAGGAUAGUGAAAAAAGCAGCCAGAGUUUAGGGGAUAUGAUCUAUGAGGUGUUGAGCCUGAAGAGACAAACACAUAGAAACCAGACUCCACAGAGCCCCACUGGGGGACAGGGAACUCCGAUUUCCCCAACUGAAGAGGAGGAGACUGAGGAAGACAGUGACAGUGAGAUCUCGAGUGGCACUGGGGAUGUCUCCAAAGAUUGCCCUGAGAAGAUUCUGGAGUCAUGGGGAGCAAUACUCAGCAGAUGGCAUGGGAACCUGGGAGUUCGACCAAAGGGAUUGUCAACACUGGUGAAGCCUGGAAUCCCGGAAGCACUCAGGGCUGAAGUGUGGCAGUUGUUGGCUGGGUGCCACAAUAACCAAGGCCUGCUGGAGACAUAUCGCAUCCUUAUUACCAAGGAGUCCCCACAGGAUGGAGUGAUAACCCGAGAUAUCCAUCGCACCUUCCCAGCACAUGAUUACUUCAAGGAUUCAGAUGGUGACGGACAGGAUUCUCUCUACAAGAUCUGUAAGGCCUAUUCAGUAUAUGAUGAAGACAUUGGCUACUGUCAAGGACAGUCCUUCCUGGCUGCUGUGCUGCUGCUUCAUAUGCCGGAAGAGCAGGCAUUCUGCGUGUUGGUGAAGAUCAUGUAUGAGUAUGGCCUGAGGCAGUUGUACAAGAACAACUUUGAGGAUCUGCACUGCAAAUUCUACCAGCUGGAAAGACUUAUGCAGGAGCAGAUCCCUGACCUGCACAGCCACUUCAUGGGCAUAGGUCUGGAGGUACACAUGUACGCCUCCCAAUGGUUCCUCACUCUCUUCACUGCCAAGUUCCCCCUGUGCAUGGUCUUCCACAUCACUGACCUGCUUCUGUAUGAGGGUAUGAAUAUAAUCUUCAAUGUUGCUCUGGCCCUCCUGAAGACCUCAAAGGAAGACCUGCUUCAGGCAGAUUUCGAAGGGGCACUGAAGUUCUUCCGUGUCCAGUUGCCAAAACGCUACCGGGCAGCUGAGAACGCUCGGCGUCUGAUGGAACAGGCCUGCAACAUCAAGGUGCCCACAAAAAAGCUGAAAAAAUAUGAAAAGGAGUAUCAGUCUAUGCGUGAGAACCAGCUGCAGCAGGAAGAUCCUAUCGACCGGUACCAGAGGGAGAACCGCCGGCUGCAGGAGGCUAGCAUGCGUCUGGAGCAGGAGAAUGAUGACCUUGCUCAUGAGCUGGUGACCAGCAAGAUCGCACUGCGCAACGACUUGGACCAGGCAGAGGACAAGGCGGAUGUCCUGAACAAGGAGCUGCUCAACACCAAGCAGAGGCUGGUGGUGAUGGAGGAUGAGAAGAGAAGACAGGAAGAGGAGACUGCCCAGCUUAAGGAGGUGUUCAGAACAGAACUGGAAAAAGCUGAAUCAGAAAUCAAGAAAACCACAGUCAUCAUUAGCGAGUACAAGCAGAUUUGUUCUCAGCUCAGCACUCGACUAGAGAAGCAGCAGGCCGUCACUAAGGAGGAGCUAGACAUUGUGAAGAGCAAGGUGAUGGCAUGCGAGCGCUGUCGGGAGAUCUUCAGCAAGGAGGGAUCCCUGCAGCUGCCCGCCAUCAGCCGUGACAACCGUGACCAGGAUGUGGAUGAGGAGAAGGACUCCCUUAAGAAACAACUGAGAGAGCUGGAGCUGGAGCUGGCCCAGACCAAACUGCAGCUAGUGGAGGCCAAGUGCAAGAUUCAGGAGCUGGAACACCAGAGAGGAGCUCUCAUGAAUGAGAUCCAGGCUGCCAAAAACUCCUGGUUUAGCAAAACCUUGAACUCUAUUAAGACAGCCACAGGUAACCAGCCCCCCCCUUCUCCAAAAGAGGGAGUGUAGCAGCUCCCGCUGGAGUGAAUAGCAUGAGUCAGUUCUGGACAUGGUGAGAAAGCCCAUAACCACAGGGGCUGUGCACUCUGUGGAAGAGGUGAUGGGCAGGGGGAGCGAGGCUGAGCUAACAUAGGGAUCACAAGAACACUAGUACAAUGAUUCAGUGCAGUACUUCCUUUCUCAAACAGGAGAGCUCAGGUCAGAUUGGCAUUGGAUCUGUCAAUAGCUUAAGGAAAAUACAAAGGAAGCCAUUAUCGUCCUUGCUAUAAGGACGUAUGGCUGCUGCUCAGCUAAAAAAUCAGACUGAAAGCACUUGUGUUCAUUUUAUUUUCCCAAAACACUUUUCAUCUCUUCUUUGUAUCACUCUUUACGCAAGCUAGUGGUUGAGAAAGGGAGUACUACAUUGUGAAUGCACUGCGAGAUGUGUUGAAAAAUUGAUUAUCUUGUGUUGUUUUCUAUAUAGUUUAAAUAUAUUGGUCAAUUCUAAAUAUAUAACUAAUCAUUUUUAAUCAUGUACAGUUCUAUAAACACGAAAAGUGCUUUCUUAUGUUUUACUGUCUGAAUUUGAAUGCAUCUCUAUAGCCUUUGUGGACUUACUGAAGCACACUACAUAUGAGAACUGGUGCUGUCAAAAACAAAACAAAAGAUAUAUUCCACCUAUUCCACAUUCUUUUAGAAAAUGUGCUUGACAUUCAAUCAAUUCUCUUGUCAAUCAUCUCCUUAUGUUUUAUUCCUGCAUUUAAAUGCAAUGCCAUUCAUGGGUUGUUGGUGGGCAAAUAUAUAUACGUCAAUCCUGUUAUCUAAACACUGCCCAAUGUUGUGCCAAGAUAAAACUUCUUAAAUAAAAAAAAUAUUUUAUUGUACUGACCUUUUAUGGUUAAAUGAAAAGUGACUCUGCAAAAGACAUGUCCAGAUGCAGUUUUAGCAGGUUUUCAUUUUAGCCAAGCUCUUAAUCCAAUUAUUACAGCUACAUCAGUUUAACAGCAAUCUUGCAAGCUUUUUUUCCCCAAAACAAUUCCAAUUUCCACAUUCUACUAUUUCUAAAGCAGUACUUGGUUUAUUAUCAGUAGUAUAAAUAUUAUACUGAAACACAGAAUAUUAAAAUUCCAACAAAUUUUUUAAAUCCCAUGCCAAGCAGUUCCAGAGAAGGACGGUAUUGAACAUAGGCUUGCCACUAGAAGCCACCAAAAAACAGACUCAAAGACAUUUAGAAAGAUUCCUGCAUUUUUGUACUGUAGCUUAAGGAACCUUAGCACAACAAAAAUAAUGGAGCUUAUACAAAAAUGCCAGUGAUGUUUUAUGACUAUUUUGAAGGUUUCAGAACAACCUCUAAGACUUAAAGAUAUUCUUCCUAUAAACUAAUGACUCAGCCUACCACAAUUCAGAACAUUUUUGUUGAUAUGUUGUAUCUACGAUUUUUCAUUCAAUGCAAGUAAGUACUUCAAACACUGUUAACAUUAUAAAUAGGAAUUUUGGUGACUGAAAAAGUCAGAGGUGUUCGAAUAUUUUUUAAAGCCACAGUCCAUGAAAAGGCAAGCAAAUCAAUCAACAAAAGAAAUACUGUAGCGGGAACUGUCUCUUGUGGAAUCCCCUCCAACCUGCCAAGUGUUUGGUGUUCAAAACUGCAUAAAAAAGACACGUUUUGCAUUUGUGUGUACACUUAGCUUGUGUUAUGCAGGCUUAAGGGAUAAAAGACAAAUAUUUAGCCAAUGUAUUUGAAAUGGGAAAUUAAUCUGAAGAAUCAUUAAAGUAUUUUGGUGCUUUUUCGAAAACUCAGUGGUAAAAACAAGAUUUUAAAUUUUGUGGAACUUCUAUCUACUCGAACUACUGUUUAAAAACCUUAAUGGCCACAAGUUGCUUGGGGAUAGUAUUCUUAGUUGUCUGUCAUUUCUUUGGUUGGUUUAAUAGUUGUGCUUUCACACAAAACAUUUCUUAAAACUUCAGACUCCCUAUAUAUAUAUACAUACAUCCAACUGGAUGCAGUGUUAAAUCCAGCAAAUUGAAUUAAAUAGCUCAGUUGUUUGCUAACUGUGUCAUAAGCACUUGGUAUGGCUUGAUUCUUAGUUCUGCUACACUGUAAAAGACCAGUAAUUCUCAUUCCAUUUUCCUGACUCCAGUCAGUAAUAACAUACAUGUACAGACCAUUCAUGCCACUUUUGAGCAUCAGUGGACCUGUGUUUUUUGGCUCAUUGUUUCAGCACUAGAAUGCAAUUACUGUCACAGUAUAAACCAGUCUUAGCAGGGCUUAUAGAUCCCAUCCAUCAUCAGCGAUUUACAGUGGUAGACUGCAUCUCAGGUAUGCAGUUAGUACAAGUCGUAGUUAAUUCAUAAAAAUUUAAAUCAGAAGGUGCUGCGGUUCUCAAGCGCCACUUCUGCUGCCAUGUGGAGCGUUAGCAGAUCAUACAACCCUUUCCAGAGAGCAGGGGAUUCCAGGAAAAGAUAAUUCAGUCUAAACUAGGUUUACGCUUAUAACGAUGCAAACUAGUACAAAAAAAGUGUAUUUUGAUCUGGGACUCAGAAGCAGACCACAAGUGUCAGGUUGGGCAUAAGUGGUUAUUACUAAACUCUACUGAUUUUUAUCAGUGACCAUUUGACUCUUUACCUUUUUACUUAUUUUCUUUUGCUGAAUGUCAUACUGUAUAUUAAUGUGUCCUAAGAUGUUAUGAACAAAAAAUAUUUUUCAGAAACCUACCGUUUAAUAACCAGUUAAAACUAAUGAAGCUAACUGGAAUCCUGCUUAAUAAUGGUGUAACUCAGUAUGCAAUGUUAUUGCAAGAUGUUGGUCUUUUUUGAGUUGGAAAAUGUUUUUCAGAUGGAGAAAUGCUUUUCAUGUGUGGGUCAUCUUCACAUAUAUUUUUGUCUGUUUAAAAAGUGGGGCAGUGAAGUAAGAAAUACAGCAUUAAGGUUCAAAUGGUCUCUUCUGUACCUGUUCUGCUCACAUUAAUAAACUUCAGAUUUUCUGUC